ACACCUGUUGUUGGGGCAUUCGAUACAUCAAGCAAGUAUAUCAGAGAGUCCUGAAGUUAGAAGAAAUACAUAUUUUUGUUGCCUGCUAUCUUAGCAAGACAAUAAGUCCUUAAUCACAAAAGGAAGAAUAAGAUAAGAAGUGAACUUUUCAUAAAUCCAUGGUGCAAAUGCUGAAGCAAUUUACUUUAGUUUGUUGAUUGGUUUAUAAGUUGGGAACCUUGACAUAUUGUUUCAUAGUUGGUAGGAAAAUAUUUUCGUGGAAAAUAAAUGAUUUUUCAUACUUAUUUUCUAGUUUUUGAUUAGUAAAGAAUAUUAUUGUCCCAAGAGUAUCUCUGUACACCUAGAUCUGGAACCACCCUAUAACAUAGACACGGACUUGACUCGACCCGACCUCACCCCAACACUGAUGUAAGACAAAACCCUGACCUCAAUACCGACUCAAAACUUGAUCCUCGACCAGACUCUGACCUAACCUUAACCUAGGAUCUGACAACUGACCCAUGCCACGAACUGCAAUCCGAAGUUAACUCUGGACCUAACCUCAACCUAGAUCCAUGACCCCGUCCAGAGACCUCAACCCUAACUCCUGACCCCAAUCCUGGGUCCCAACUUGACCCAAGAGUAUUGAUUGAUUUUGUUUUCAACUCAUCUGAUAUUCGAUAUUUAUAUGGACAUUCGAUUAUGAGUGACUUCAUAAGUGAGUAACUGUUGGAAUAAAAAUCAAAAUUAGGUGAUUUUAUAAGUAAAACACUCAUAGUUGAGUGACCUUUGGAAUAAAAUUCAACGUUGAGUAGCUUUGUGAGAUAAAAUGAAGUUCUGACAUUAAUAAUACUAAGGUAAAACAAAUUGUAUCAACUAGUACAAAAAAUUUGUAAAGGGAGUUUUGACCUUAAUACAAAGGUAAAACAAAUGAAAUUAAGUACUACAAAAAUUGUAAAUGAAGUUUUGACCUUAAUAAUACAAAGGUAAAGCAAAUCAAACUGACCAGUACAAAAUUUGUAAAUGAAGUUUUGACCUUAAUAAUACCAAAGUUAAAACAAAUUCAAUUAACUAGUACAAAAUUAACAAUACUUGUGUAUAUAAACUUCCUUCAAGAACACAAUUACUGAACUCUUGAAUAGAAGAGAAACUCAAGAAAAAAAAGAUGAAAAUUCAAAGAAAACAGAGUGUAGUACUAGUACCACUUCCAUUCCAGGGGCAUUUAACACCAAUGCUGCAGCUUGGAAGUAUCCUUUAUUCUCAAGGCUUUUCUGUUAUAAUAGCACAUCCUGAAUUGAAUACUCCUAAAUAUUCCAAUCAUCCUGAAUUCGUCUUCCAUUCUAUGGAUGAUGGAUUAAAGGGAAUCAACAUAUCAUUACCGAGUCUAGAGAACAUAUAUGAUUUGAAUGAGAACUGCAAGGUGCCUCUCAGAAACUACCUUGUUAAGAAGAUGAAAGAGGAAGGUGAUCAGCUUGCUUGUAUCGUUUAUGAUAAUGUCAUGAUUUUCGUUGAUGAUGUAGCCACUCAGUUAAGGCUUCCCAGCAUUGUCCUGCACACUUCCAGUGCUGCAUAUCUGCACUCCAUGAUCACCAUUUUUCAGCAACCAGAAAAAUAUUUUCCUUUCGAAGAUUCUCAGUUGUUGGAUCCGUUACCAGAGCUUUAUCCCUUGAGGUUUAAGGAUGUACCAAUUCCUGCUGUAUAUAAUACAGUUGCAGAACCGGUACUAGACUUCUUUAAAGCAAUCAACAAUAUAGGGUCAUCUGUUGCGACUAUUUGGAACACGAUGCAAGACAUGGAGAAUCCAAUAUUGUUACGCCUUCAAGAACAUUACAAGGUGCCCUUCUAUGCAAUAGGCCCUUUUCACAAAAUGGCGCCUACGGCCUCAUCGACUAGCAUACUACAAGAAGAUGAUAGCUGCAUCAAGUGGCUCGACAGACAAGUUCCUAACUCUGUUCUUUAUGUCAGCAUAGGUAGCCAAAUGAGGAUUAAUGACAAAGAGCUAACUGAGACUGCUUGGGGAUUAGCUAAUAGUGAUCAACCAUUCUUGUGGGUUAUUCGACCGGGCUCUGUCUCUGGCUUUCAAUGUGCUGAGGCACUGCCUGAUGGUUUUGAGAAAAUGGUAGGAGAAAGAGGACGAAUAGUGAAAUGGGCGCCACAAAAACAGAUACUUGCACAUCCCGCGGUAGCAGGGUUUUUCACUCAUUGUGGUUGGAAUUCUACGCUUGAAAGUAUAUGUGAAGAAGUCCCUAUGAUAUGCAGGCCAUUUCUAGCCGACCAGCCGGUGACAGCUAGGUAUCUGAGCCACAUGUACAAGGUUGGGUUCGAAUUGGAGGUUAUCGAGAGAACGGUCAUAGAGAAAACAGUAAGAAAGCUCAUGUUAAGUGACGAAGGCAAAGAUCUGAAGAAAAGAGUAGUAGACAUGAAACAAAAGAUAGUUGCUGGAAUGCAGAUUGAUGGUGCUUCACAUAAGAAUCUAAAUGAUUUGGUAGACUUCAUUUCUGCCUUGCCAUCACGGCUCCCUCCGCCAACACCUGUUGUUGGGGCAUUCGAUACAUCAAGCAAGUGUAUCAGAGAGUCCUGAAGUUAGAA